UUUUCUAUGAAAAGUUUGGUACUACAAAUUUUCUAUGUUCCCACAGGUAUACUCCAAAGUCCAAAUUGUCAUCCGGUGAACAAAUGAGUCCUACAACUACUUAUCACAAAUUCUAUUCAAGGCUCUUGCGAAUACGAUUUCUUCCUACUCUAAAUACCCCUCGAAACUUCCAAAGUUCACACCUUCACUCUUCUAGAAACUUCUACCCUGCUAAUUCUAUUCACACUCUCAUCAGACCCAUUUCCCUCAUCUCCAUCAAUCUUCCCUCCUCUACCGCCGUCGUUCGCGGCAGUAUCUCGACUAUCGCCGGCGUUUCAACCAUGGCCAGCGGCGGUGGAAACGGCGGAGAUUCAGUUACGUUUCGGUUAACUCCGACGAGCUCGUUGAAGAUUCAGAAAGGUGAUAUUACUCAGUGGUCCGUAGAUGGAUCCUCUGACGCUAUUGUCAAUCCCGCGAAUGAACGAAUGCUGGGGGGCGGUGGGGCUGAUGGAGCCAUACAUCGAGCUGCUGGUCCAGAAUUACGAGAUGCAUGCUAUAAAGAACCAGAGGUACGUCCUGGAGUUCGCUGCCCAACAGGAGAAGCAAGGAUUACCCCAGGUUUUAGAUUGCCGGCUUCUCAUGUAAUCCACACUGUUGGGCCAAUAUAUGAUGCUAACCCAAAUCCUAAAGCCUCUUUGACAAAUGCAUAUAGAAAUAGCCUGCGCUUGGCAAAAGAGAACAACAUUCAGUAUAUUGCUUUUCCUGCCAUAUCAUGUGGGGUCUUCGGAUAUCCUUACGAUGAAGCUGCCACUGUUGCUAUAUCUACUGUCAAAGAAUUUGGCAGUGAUCUCAAAGAGAGUUGGGGGUUCCUUCGGAGAAUCUUCUGUUUCUCUCCUUCCACACAAUCCACCUUACUCAAGCAGGUAUUUGCCACCAUUUUUCUUUUUUGUCUAGCAGUACCUCCAGUAUUAUUCCAACAUGUCAACAGCUCUGUAUUCUUUGGCAUAGCCCACCUGUUCCUUUAAUUUAGGAGAAAAAGUUGCCAAUUCUGGCCAGUGAUUUUUUUUUUUUAUGACCGAGAAGUCCUUUUGGAGCCUGUCCCUUUGGGCCAACCUGAGUCUACGAAACUGAGGCAUGAUGCGCCCGCCCCUGUGUCCUCCUCCUCCUAAAUACCAAAGUUAGUUCGCUCGGCGCAGGGCUCAAACCAGUACAGAAUUUCUCAACCUUUGCAAAUUGAGCUAACCCUUGGGGGGCAAAUCUGGUCUGUAACUUCAGUUUUGGAAGAGAUGAUUUAUGUUGUCAAAAUCUAUUUCACACAAGAAACAUUUAGAACACAGCUGCAACCCUCUUCUGCAUUAAUUUUUCUGGUCAAGCUUGCUUCCGUAGCUACUAGUCAAGAAAAACAUGCCACCUUAUGAGUUAUCUUCACUUCCAUAUUUCCUUCCUAGACCAUUUGAAUCCCUGUAGCCCACUCCAAUUGAGUGUUGUAUAUCUGAUUUUACAGUGUACAUACCGUUACAUUCUAAUGUGAUACUUCACAAUCUACAUGUCAAUAUGUGGAAAGAGCUGAUCAAAAUACCCUUUCCACCCCGCAAAUGAUUUUUAAUGUUAUUCAAAUUUAGAGCCUGUUUGGAUUGGCUUAUUUUAAGUGCUUUUAAGCUAAAAUAGCUUUUAAUUGUAGUGUUUGGGUAACUUAAAAAAGUGCGUUUAAGCACUUAGUUUUAAGGCAAAAAUGAUAAGAAUAAGCCAAAAGCUGUAUGUUAGGAUUUCUAACUAAUGGGUUUUGACUUAUAAGUCAAAAACCAAAAGCCAAUCCAAACGGGCUCUUAAACUGAUAUGCUCCUUAGUAGUUUUCUUCAAAUGUAACGGUGUUACAAAAAACCAUCUUUAUUCUGAGAAAUAGAAUGUAUUCGAGCGUAUCUUUGCUUUAAGAACUUUUUGGAGCAUCCAUACAUUUUUCUUUACUUAAGAUCGGAGAUUCUGAUUGUUAGAGGCUGAGUGCUGACUACAAUUGUAUCUUCU